AAGAAAAGGAGGAAGCAGAGGGAGAGCAGCACGGCUGACAAGAUAACUACUAAAAACAAACAAACUACCUAAAACCCACAAUUUUACACUCUUCUUCUCGGACACGUCUACAGAAACGACUUUUUCAGCAGCAGAAUAAACGCUUUACAGGCGCCAACAAGUCGCGUUGGUUCGGUAAAGUAGAGGUAAAGACACCCGCACAGGUAGCCGGAGAAUGGCAGACUCGGCGGCGGCCAACAGCGACGGGGAGGACGGACCCCGCGAGCCCAUGCGGGGCUUCGCGCGCCAGGGAGCCCUCCGUCAGAAGAACGUGCACGAGGUGAAGGACCACAAGUUCAUCGCGCGCUUCUUCAAGCAGCCGACCUUCUGCAGCCACUGCACCGACUUCAUCUGGGGUUUUGGCAAGCAGGGAUUCCAGUGUCAAGUGUGUUGUUUCGUGGUUCACAAACGCUGCCAUGAGUUCGUCACUUUCUCCUGUCCGGGUGCUGAUAAAGGACCUGCAUCAGAUGACCCGAGGGCGAAGCAUAAGUUUAAGAUCCACACCUACUCCAGCCCGACCUUCUGCGACCACUGUGGCUCUCUGCUCUACGGCCUCAUACACCAGGGCAUGAGAUGUGACCACUGUAUGAUGAACAUCCAUAAGCGCUGUGUGGCCAACGUGCCGAGCCUGUGUGGGACAGACCACACUGAGAGGAGAGGUCGCAUCAUGAUCACAGCUGAAGUCAAGACUAAUGUACUCACUGUUACCAUCAAAGAGGGCAAAAAUCUGGUUCCUAUGGACCCGAAUGGUCUGUCAGACCCCUAUGUGAAGCUCAAACUGAUCCCAGACCCUCGCGGGGAGAGCAAACAGAAGACCAAGACCAUCAAGUGCUGCCUAAACCCCGUCUGGAACGAGACCUUUAAAUUCCACCUGAAGGAGUACGAUAAGGACCGCCGCCUGUCCGUGGAGAUUUGGGACUGGGACCUGACCAGCCGUAAUGACUUCAUGGGAUCGCUGUCCUUUGGCAUCUCAGAGCUCCAGAAACAAGGAGUGGAUGGAUGGUUUAAGCUGCUCUCCCAGGAAGAAGGCGAGUACUUCAACGUUCCCGUGGCUCCGGAGGGGGAGGAGGGCAACGAGGAGCUACGGCAGAAGUUUGAGAGGGCAAAGAUCGGUCCAGGCAAGAACACAGAAGGAAAGUCAGCCAACGCUGCAUCCCGCUUCGACUCCAAUGGAAACCAAGAUCGCAUGAAGCUGUCGGACUUUAACUUCUUGAUGGUGCUGGGCAAGGGGAGCUUCGGCAAGGUGAUGCUGGCAGAGCGUAAAGGGACAGAGGAACUGUAUGCUAUAAAGAUCCUGAAGAAGGAUGUUGUGAUCCAGGAUGAUGACGUGGAGUGCACCAUGGUGGAGAAGAGAGUGUUAGCGUUGUCUGGAAAGCCCCCGUUCUUAACACAGCUGCACUCCACCUUCCAGAGCAUGGACCGCUUAUAUUUUGUCAUGGAGUACAUAAACGGAGGAGAUCUCAUGUAUCAGAUUCAGCAGGUUGGAAAGUUCAAAGAGCCCCAUGCUGUAUUCUACGCUGCAGAGAUAGCCAUCGGUCUGUUCUUCCUACAUCUAAAAGGCAUCAUCUACAGAGACCUGAAGCUGGAUAAUGUGAUGCUGGACUGCGAGGGUCACAUUAAGAUCGCAGAUUUCGGCAUGUGUAAAGAAAAUAUGAAUGAUGGAGUCACAACCAAAACCUUCUGUGGAACGCCUGACUACAUAGCUCCUGAGAUCAUAGCGUACCAACCUUAUGGAAAGUCCGUGGACUGGUGGGCCUUCGGAGUGUUGCUCUACGAGAUGUUGGCUGGACAGCCUCCCUUUGACGGCGAGGAUGAGGAUGAGUUAUUUCAGUCCAUCAUGGAGCACCAUGUCUCCUACCCUAAGUCAAUGUCCAAGGAGGCUGUCGCUAUCUGUAAAGGGCUGAUGACGAAACAUCCAGCGAAACGGCUCGGCUGUGGUCCAGAGGGGGAGCGAGACAUCAGGGACCACAGCUUCUUCCGCUACAUGGACUGGGAGAAACUGGAGAACAAGGAGGUGCAGCCGCCGUUCAAACCUAGAGCCAGGAACCGCCGAGACACCUGUAACUUUGACAAGGAAUUCACGAAGAUGGCGACAGACUUGACGCCGACGGACAAGCUCGUCAUCAUGAACCUGGACCAGGACGACUUCCUUGGAUUCUCUUACACUAACCCUGACUAUGUGGCUCCUAAUUAACCUACACUCAAACACCCUCAUGGACUGGUAGAAAAUCAAGUUUCACAAGAUAGGAAGGCAAACUAGUACUACACUUCGAAUUAUUUGUAUUUGUUUGGUUCCAUUUAUGUCUGCAUUUUCUCAGGCCAUGUUCAACACUUCAGCUUCACUCCGAGGUAUCAACUUUAGAAUAGAUUGGAUACCAAAGAUCUUGAAGGAGUUUAUAAAGGUGUUAGAGUGUGCUUUAUAUGCAGGGCAGAAGCAUUGAAAACAUGCUGGACUGAUGGUAAUUCAAUAAGACUGAACCUGACCAAUUACAUACAUAAUGUGUUACCAUUAUAAAAGCAGGGUAGUCACCAUACAAACCACUCAGUAUCAUUUGCCUGCUAAAAAAGCUCCUUCAUUCUAACUUUACGGCCCAAUUUAACUAAAUAGUUUUCCAUUCUUUUGGAGUUAAAUUUUAUCCUUCUCCUAGUCCACUUUCGAUCUGAUGUUUUUUAGUCUGUUCUUAUCCCAGAUUCUUCAAUAUCAGGUUUUCAUCACACACAUUUGCCAUCUCAUACUGAUGCACAAAGUACUUUUGUUGCAUAAGUCCUUUUUCCUGAGCUUGCGUGGACAUUACUCUAUGGAGCUGGAGGUUCAAUUCAGUCCUUUCCAUACUGUUAAAGCUCGGCAUGUCUUAUGCUUUCUUCAAGAAGUACCUUGUGCAUCUGUAUGAGGAACAAAGGUCAACAAAGAAGCAUCUGGAUUAUCACUGAUGUUUAAUGUCAAGAUUUAAUUGAGAAAUGGGACCAAAACAAACAGGAAAUAUGCUUCUAUGCUUUGUACAUGGCAAAUGUUUUCAGGCCACAUGCAGACCAAGUUUGUAGAAAAAGGCUAUGUUUGAUGCUAGCAUGCCAUGAUGUUAGCUGUUUUAUACAUUUUGAUCCUUCUACUCUCAUCACUUUGGUAAACUAAAAGAAAACAGAUGAACAAGUUGAAGCGGUCAACUGUAGCACAAGGGUAUUCGUGUUUCCUGCAGCUAUUAAAAAAGGUGCAGAGUGCAGUUAGCCAUAUGGGAACGUUGUGUGUAUUUUCCGUGUGUUUUGACUAUCAUUGCCUGUUUCAGCCUGUGUCUACUGUCAUGAGUUGCUCCACACUCAGACUGAGCUUUUCACACUGCAGUCACAAAGGAAUAUGCUUAAUGAGCAAACUUCAUAGCCUGUCAAACCUUUGCGUUUUAAUUUCCCUCCUUUCUCUCUCCGGCUCCCUCAUUCUCUCUCGCCCCCCUGGUGUCCUUCCUUAUUUAUUUUUCGGUUUUGGCUCUAAUCCGUAUUUCUGACAAGGCCUCACUGGGAGCCUCGAAUGAUGUGGUGACACCGGGUUGGCAAUGUGGCAGCCACAAGCGAAGCACACGCACAUACAAAUACACGCAGAUGCACAAAAAGUGAAGGAAAAGCUGCUUUGACAACCCCCAAGUGAGCAAUAAUAAAAAUAGCAACACCGCAUUCUUCAAUAACUUAUUUUCAAGUCCUUCCCCUCACCUUUUUCAGUGCAUGUGUUCAUAAGUGUGUGCAUGCUCUAGCAAACAUCCAUGUUCUAUCAUAUACGUUUAUAUAUGUGUAAGGCUUUACUGGAUAAAGCCAAUUAUUUCAAAUUCAGCUCAAAUUCAGUAAAUCUGCCUUCCAGCUUCAAACAUCAUUACAUAGGCUUUAAUGCCAACAAGCUUUGCGUACUAUACUUGCACACAUAACACUCACCAACAUGCAGCCAUACAGUCCGAUCCAUGACUGAGGGUUGGAAUUAUGAGGUGAAGCGUAACAAGGCGGACAAUGACUGUGAAAUGUUCGCUCCUGGAGGCACAAGAGACAUAUACUGUAGGUCCAUUACACAGGCCUGGAUAGUCCCCCCUCCCCUUCUAGAAUCUACACGAAAGGCACCCACAUGUAUACAGCACAUAGUGUACAUAUUUACACUGUAUGUAUGAGCAUUCAAAAGCAUAGUAACCCUUCAAACUCAUGCACCUUUUGGAAUACUUCUUUGAAUCUGACUCCAUUGUGUUUAUUUAGAUGUUGUCAAUUUUAACAUAUAAAGUACAAUCUGUAUGUUUUCAUUUCUUACAGCUGUAUAUUGCUCAGGUAAAGGGUGUAAAUAUUACCUAAUGUUAAAAACGCCUACUCUUAGCAUCUGCUGUUGGGAAUAGUUGACCCUGAAGUGUUUAAAGCACUCGACAGAUGGUCAGAAUGAAUGAAUGACUGUGCAACAUUACAUGUAUUUCAGAUACUGUACAAUCGAAUGCUGUGAGAGCCUCUUUAGUCCGAGGAAGCUAUAAAACAUAGACUUGGUCUCAGCAGCAUCACCAUAUGGUUUCUGGAGACUGCUAUCAUGUUCAAAGGUUGUGUUCACCAACUUGGAGAUGCUAUCUUGACCUAACUUUUGAUCAGGAAGACAUGGAGCUGAUUAAAGGGAUAUUUCUGUAUUUCAGAAGCUGGGUUGUGUAAGAUACUUGGCGAUAGUAGUGGCGUUAGCCUCCAGAGAUUUCAGUGAGCGUUGUCUCUUCAAACAGGAGAAGCUAGGCUAUGUAGCACCAUAUAUGGGUAUAGCACCUCCAUGUGAUUUAGUGAAUUUUAGGUAAAAAUGGGCCAAAAAACAAAGUUGGCUCAACUGUGCAUGAUAUUGAACACUUUUGAAUCAUUUUAUUGAGCAGCUGUUUAGGUUUGCAGCCUUCAACAAAGAGAAUAACGUCAAACCAAGCUGAAGCAACUAAUUUCAGUUCAGUUUGCCACUUCAAGAGAUGGCAAAAGCUUUUUGGAAGCUAAGCAUUUCAUGCCAACUGUCACAUAAAAAAAAAUUGUGUUUGUUUUUCUUGGCAACUUUUUUUUUUUCGCCAAGAGACAGUAAGUUUUUCCAGUGUCUUAAAACACUCAUAUAGCCAAGAAUCUUAGCAAAAAAGUGAUGAAUGAGAAAAGCAGAGGACUGGCAUUAAUUUUGGAAAAUUCAGCAAAAUCCAAAAGCAACUUUUUUCAUGUCAGCAAAACUCAUAAGACAAAGCAGGACAAACCAAAAGAAAGCUGCAUCGUGUCUUAAAUUUCAGUUAUACCAGUGGCAAUACUGAUCCUUUUCCAAUCCCAUAUGAAAAGCAUUUUCUUGUGGGCAAGAAGUUGUAUAUAAUUUUCAUUUUUCAUUACUGAGAUUGGUGUAAAUAGCAGAAUUAUAGGUCAAUUUAUAUGCUUGUCUACAUGGUAAAGGGGUAUUAAAAAUCCUCUCCCAGUAAAGUUGAAACUUGACUGGUAUAUCAUUCAAAUCAUAUGCCUGCAAGAAAAAAUUAUCCAUAAAAGGAUUUAUCUUAUUUCUUUGCAACCACAGAAUUUUCUUAAUAAGAGGUCUACAAACCAGAACUUUUUUCCUUUUAUCUUUUACUUUUUCCUCCAUGCCAUAGGAAUUGCAGCUAUUAAGUGACUAUAUCUGAAACUUAAACAGAUUAUACCAAAUAAGUCAUAAAAGGUUUCACAUAGAUAUUACCAUUCAAAUCAGUCAAAUCAUGUAUAAAAGAAAAGCCCUUUUCAGUAAAUGGUCCCAUAAAUGGGCAAUCAAUUAAUUAAUAUACUGGAAUGUAACCAUAUCAUUUGUUGUCAAAUAUUAUCAACAGAAUUUGGUGGAAAGUGUAACCAUGACUUAUCGUAUCUUCAAAAAAAAAGGGGAAACAUUUUUAAAAAUCUUUGGAAGAUACUGAAAAUGUUUUUUUAAUCUGUAAAAAUGGAAAUAAUUGUACUUUAAAAAUGUUAUGUUAUUCAUAAAUUCCUCAGGUUGCUGUUUGACACAUUUUAAUCAACUCUGCUAAUGCCUCUACCAGUGUUUUAAGACUCUGAAAAAACAACUUCCUGUUCCAUGGCGAACAUGAAAAUGGCCAUGACUAAAUUUUUUUAAUGUGACUUGAGCUUAAGCUGACUUGACCUCACUGUGGCAGUUGUGAAAAGGCUACAACAAUCAACAGCGACUACAAAAAUUUAGUUCCAUGCUCAUGUUAGAUUUGUGGGGAAUAUUUACAAAUUUUAAAAGCCGAGGAUUUUACCUUCCCACAAAUAUAAUAAAUCCUGCAACUGUCAUAGUUAUUAUGUUUGAAGUAGACGACUGCUAUUACAUUUGUUGAAAAUGUAUAACAUGAGAUUAUGAUGUAUGUAUAAUUGCAAAAUUCUAUCACAUUCGUGGUUCAUUACAUUUGCAGGUGUAACUAUCCCCAGCUCCUAAAGCCGUAUGUUGAUUGACCCUGGGAAAACACUAAACCCUUAAUUACCCCCACUUCUAUGCCACUGGAGCGUGAAUGUGUAUGGAUGCGUAUGAAAGGAAUUAGUUAUACUGAUGGCCACUUUACAGUGACAGCCCUCACCAUUAGAUUGUGAAGUUCAUUUACCAUUUAUCUGUUGCAAAAAAUGUAACUUCUCUACCUUAAACAGUUAUUUCAAAGUCAGCAAAAUAACUUUAAACAGGGGGAAUGGCAUCUAUAUCAUUACCACAGAGUGCCCUAGUUGCCUGUUUUCAGCACUGUCUAACUUUGGCAAUAGCCUUCUGCAGGGAAGAAUGUGUAUGGCUCCAGUUUAAUGGCAAUGAUUCACACUCUAGCUCUCAGCUAAAGAGAAGAAAGCAUGCUUUUCUAGUCUAAUAGUAUGACUAGUGAAAAUGCAGAUCGUACUUACCCAUUCACCACACAUUCACACUCUGAUGGCGAUGGCUGCUUUGCAGUAGCCCAUUCAUGCAUGUCCAUACACCACUGAUGCAACAGUGGGAGAACCCUGUGGUUAUGUUGCAGAAAUAUGCAUAUUCUACUUUUCAAUUCACAAACAGUUGACUAUAGAUGCUAGCAGUCACUUUUGUGCAAAAUCCCAAUAUAUUACCGUAUCCUUUUAGCCAAUACAGCACUUUGGUGCUCUUUGGCUUCUUACAUCACCUUUGCUAGCUUUGGCAAGAGGAUAGGGCCCAUAUUAACUCAAUCAAACACCUCCCUACCUGUUGAUUGACUGAUUGAAAGUUGGACUAAAAUAGCAUUUCCAGUACACCUACCACUAUCGUUUGACUUCAAAACCAAAGGUGACAUCACUGAGACUAUGUCCAUAUUUUAUACAGUCAUUGGGAUUCUUCUGUGUUUGGAGCCAGUAUUAAGAAGACACUUGAGGGACUGUAGUUUUUUUUUUUACAUAUUCACAUCAGCUUCAUUUUCCACCACCUGCUAAUUGGUUUUGCAUCACAUCAUUAUUUAAAAACAUGUUUUCUGGUAACACAAGUCCCAUCUUUUGGUUGUUUUUGUUGUUUAAAAUCCCACACCAAGACUUUUAGGAUAUUUUACUAUGCAUGCAUGUGAUGAUCUCUCUUUCUCUGUCAUAUCUUGUUCUAUAUGAUACGGAUUUAUCCUAUAUUAAGUGUUGAUUUAUGGACAUGUGUUUGAUAAUGACUUUAUUAGACAUGCAAAAGUUAUCUGUUGGUUAAUGUAUGGAUAAAAGUAUGUCUCAUGGGUUUAUUGAGUGUUUCUACAGUAUUAAAUAACUGCCAUGUUUGUUUGAUUUGUGCAUAUAAAAUAUUUUGCUAUUUGUUACUCUUUCAUUUCCAUUUGAGUUCAAAUUUCUGUGUUAGGUAGUGCAGCUAUGUGUUGCAAUAGAAACAAGCAAAAAGGGAUGAAAAUAACAAGACUGUAAUAUAAAUUUAGCAAAUAAUCAGUCUUCUGUGUUCUGCAGGUUUCAAACAUUAUCGGCCUAAAAGUGUACAAAAUCUUUUGUAGUGUCCUCCUCCCUUCGCUCUUUCCUUUCCAUCCGACCUUUUCUUUGAUCGCCCCUUUUCAUCCGUCAUUUCAUUUUCCUCUCUGACCUUUUCCUCUCCUCCGUCCUCUCAUUCAGCCUCCUCAUUGUCUUUCUCUCACCUCAUUUUCCUCCCUCUUGACCUUUACCCCUCUGAAUAAGCAUCUUCUCCACCAUUUCCUUCUUCUAUUCCCCCCUCAAAGGUCCAUUGUCCUCCUGUUUGUUUUUAUUUUGUCGCUGCUUGUUGUGCGUUUGUCUCCCUCAUUUGUCCCUCACUGCCUUCCUUAACAUUUAGACCUUCUCUCUUAGCCUUGUCAGGGCUAUUCGACAUUAAACUUGAAAUCUGAUUAGCAUUUAGCGCUUUAAUUCUGAUGCUUGAACUUCUUUGACUUUAGCUGGCUUUAUGUGCUAACAACAAAUAUCAAUAUACUGGAGAUAAUCUACACUGUUGACACGCUGAGUACAUCAAAGAUACAGAAGAGUAAGAAUGUG